AUCCGAAAAAUAGAAUACAUAUAUCUAACAUAAUGACGGUUGAUAAUAUAAAGAAAAUGUCGAGAGAGUGAAACGUAAUAUCAAGGGAUCCAAAGUUGGUACUUUCAAAUGUCGUAAAAGUUGAAUAUGAUGACAUGGAUAUAAUUAUCACAGAAUAAUCAUAAACUGCUAAAAUAUGAGAUUAAUGGCAUUCUUAGCUAGUUAGCUAUAUAUCUAACACACCUGAAGUAUAUAACAAAAUUAAUUUCUAAACGUGAAAACAUAAAGCUUGAUAAAUUAUAUGAAUGGUAAUUAAUAAUAAUAUUAAACUUUGAAAACUUAAAGGUACAUAUACCAUUCUCGUCACCAAUUUUUUUUUUUCAUUUUUAACCAAUUGAUUCUAAGAUACCCCGUAUCUUUUCAUCAGUCAAUUCUAAUCAAUCAUGAGAUUUUAACACAAUUUAGGCGUAUUUUGUUCUUUAUACCCAAUUAACUACUUAUUUGGUCUGAUUUGCUGCUCCAUGAAUAUGAAUAUUCAUUUCUACAAAUAUUUGAAUGCAAAAGAAGAAAGAUUAAUAAAAGGAAUCCUUUUAAAAAUCAAAUCUAUAAAUAUACACAUUACAAGACUAAUCUGACGGAAACACACAAACAAAAGUUAUGACGUCAUUUGUUUCCGUGAUUUCACUUCUUCUCUCAUUUUCUCUGGCCAUUUUCUCAGAUGCUGCGUCCUUCCAAAUAUUUCCGGUGCCGGGAAAAAGGUCAGGCCCUGAAGCUUUCGCCUUUGAUUCCACCGGAAAAGGUUUCUACACCGGAGUUUCCGGCGGUAAAAUCUUUAAAUAUCUACCGGGGAAGGGUUACGUCGAUUUUGGCUAUAUCACAGUAUCCUCGAAGUCGCAAUGGUGCGAUGGAGCACUUGGAAUAGCUUAUAUGAGUAAAUGCGGCCGGCCGGCCGGAAUAGCAUUUAACAACAAAACAGGAGAGCUCUACGUGGCCGAUGCUCCGUUGGGUCUCCACGUCAUUCCUAGUGGUGGUGGCUACGCCAAGAAGAUCGCCGACAGUGCUGACGGCAAGCCCUUCUUGUUUCUCGAUGGCCUCGACGUUGAUCCCACAACCGGGGUCGUCUACUUCACUUCCUUCAGCUCAAAAUUUAGCCCUGGCGACGUGUUAAAAGCAGUGGCAUCAAAAGACGCUUCCGGUAAACUCUUCAAGUACGAUCCAUCAAAAAGGGUCGUGACUGUAUUGCUCGAAGGUCUAAGUGGCUCAGCCGGUUGUGCCGUUAGCUCAGACGGUUCGUUUGUGCUAGUUAGUCAGUUCACCAAGAGUAACAUCCAGAGGUAUUGGAUCAAGGGGUCUAAAGCUGGUACUUCUGAAGACUUCACUAAUGCGGUCUCGAACCCUGACAAUAUCAAGAGGAUCGGUUCUUCCGGAAACUUUUGGGUUGCUUCGGUAGUGAACACAGCCACCGGACCAACAAACCCGUCUGCGGUUAAAAUUAACUCUGAUGGUAGAGUGCUUCAGACAAUUUCGGUGAAGGAUAAGUUUGGAGAUACUUUAGUCAGCGAGGUUAACGAAUUCGAAGGAAGGCUUUAUGUCGGAACUCUGUCUGGUCCUUUUGCCGGAAUUAUUGACCUUUAAACUAAUUUUAUGUAACAUUAGUGUGAUCAGAUGGUAAUAAAAAUAAUAUGAAGUUUUUUAUUCUUCCA